GCGGGUGUCUUACGGCUUUCCCGGCUCCCGACGCCCCCCGUGCCGCUCCGGGCGGUGACGGGGCGGGGUUCGGAUCAGGCGCACGCCGCGGACAGCCCGAUGUUCGCCGGGCUUGGGCGGGCGACGGAAGACCCGAGAGCCGCAGGCUGCGCAAGAUGGCGACCGCGGCCGCAUCCUCUGCGUCCGAGCCGGAGGCUGAGCCCCAGGCGGGGCUGGAGGCCGAGGGAGGGGAGGAUGGGGCGAAGGCCGCCGGCGCGGACGACGCCAAGGGCCCGGGCUGGGAGCUGCAGCGGGAAGGCGUGAGCGAGAGUGACGGGGACGAGGAGGACGCCAUGGCCUCCUCCGCCGAGAGCUCCCCCGGCGAGGACGACUGGGAGUACGACGAGGAGGAGGAGAAAAACCAGCUGGAGAUCGAGCGGCUGGAGGAGCAGCUGUCCAUCAACGGCUAUGACUACAACUGUCACGUGGAGCUCAUCAGGCUGCUGCGUCAGGAGGGGGAGCUCAGCAAAGUGAGGCUGGCCCGCCAGAAGAUGAGCGAGCUCUUCCCCUUGACGGAAGAGCUCUGGCUGCAGUGGCUGCACGAUGAGAUCAGCAUGGCCAUGGACGGCCUGGACCGUGAACACGUGUACGAGCUCUUCGAGAGAGCCGUGAAGGACUACAUCUGUCCGAACAUUUGGCUAGAAUAUGGCCAGUACUCGGUUGGUGGCAUUGGUCAGAAAGGAGGCCUGGAGAAGGUUCGUUCUGUGUUUGAAAGAGCCCUGUCAUCCGUUGGCCUGCACAUGACGAAAGGCCUGGCCAUCUGGGAGGCUUACCGAGAGUUUGAGAGCGUCAUCGUGGAAGCUGCUCGGCAGGAGAAAGUUCACAGCCUCUUCCGGCGACAGCUGGCAAUCCCACUCUACGAUAUGGAGGCCACCUUGGCAGAGUAUGAAGAAUGGUCAGAAGACCCCAUCCCAGAGUCGGUACUUCAGAGCUAUCAGAAGGCCCUGGAACAGCUGGAGAAAUACAAGCCCUACGAGGAGGCGCUGUUGCAAGCAGAGGCCCCAAGGCUGGCGGAAUACCAAGCAUACAUCGAUUUUGAGAUGAAAAUUGGGGAUCCCGCUCGUAUUCAGUUGAUCUUCGAGCGCGCCCUGGUGGAGAACUGCCUGGUCCCAGACUUGUGGAUCCGCUACAGUCGGUACCUAGAUCGGCAGCUGAAAGUAAAGGAUUUGGUUUUAUCUGUGCACAGCCGUGCUGUGAGGAAUUGCCCUUGGACAGUUGCCCUGUGGACUCGGUACCUCUUGGCCAUGGAGAGACAUGGAGUGGAUCAUCAAAUGAUUUCUGCAACCUUCGAGAAUGCUCUGAGUGCUGGCUUCAUCCAGGCCACUGACUACGUGGAGAUUUGGCAGGUUUAUCUAGACUACCUGAGGAGAAGGGUUGACUUCAGACAAGACUCUAGCAAGGAGCUGGAAGAGUUGCGGUCCAUGUUCACACGUGCUCUGGAGUAUCUGCAGCAGGAGGUGGAGGAGCGGUUCAGUGAGAGCGGAGAUCCAAGCUGCGUGAUCAUGCAGAGCUGGGCUCGGGUGGAGGCUCGUCUGUGCAAUAACAUGCAGAAAGCUCGAGAACUCUGGGACAGUAUCAUGACCAGAGGAAAUGCCAAGUAUGCCAACAUGUGGCUGGAGUAUUACAACUUGGAAAGGGCACAUGGUGACACCCAGCACUGCCGGAAGGCUCUGCACCGAGCUGUCCAGUGCACGAGUGACUACCCUGAACAUGUCUGCGAAGUGCUGCUCACCAUGGAGAGGACAGAAGGGACCUUAGAAGACUGGGAUGUGGCUGUUCAGAAAACUGAAACUCGCCUGGCUCGCGUGAAUGAGCAGAGGAUGAAGGCUGCGGAGAAGGAAGCCGCUCUAGUGCAGCAGGAAGAAGAGAGGGCUGAACAGCGGAAGAAGGUGCGGGCCGAGAAGAAAGCCCUGAAAAAGAGGAGGAAGGCCCGCGGUGCAGACAAACGCAAGGCGGGCGAGGAGGGUGACAGCGAGUGGGCCGAGGACGAGGAAGAGCAGCCUUCCAAACGCAGAAGGGUGGAGAACAGUCUGGCCUCUGGGGUGGCUUCGGCCAUGCAGGAAGAGACGGAACUCCCCCGGAAAUGUGUAACGAUAGCCGUUGCUCCUCCUUCGGAGCAGAAGGAGAAGGCAGCCUCCCUCAAGCUGGACAUGCCCAAGGUGGCUCACGAUAGCAGUAAAGACAGGGUCACUGUCUUUGUCAGCAACUUGCCCUACAGCAUGGCUGAGCCGGAGGUGAAGCUCAAGCCACUCUUUGAGGCCUGCGGGGAGGUGGUCCAGGUCAGGCCGGUCUUCAGCAACCGUGGGGGCUUCCGAGGCUACUGCUACGUGGAGUUUACAGAGGAGAAGGCAGCGCAGCAGGCUUUGGAGCUGGACAGGAAGAAUGUGGAAGGCAGGCCGAUGUUCGUUUCCCCUUGUGUGGAUAAGAGCAAAAACCCUGAUUUUAAGGUGUUCAGAUACAGCACCGCCCUGGAGAAACACAAGCUCUUCAUCUCAGGCCUGCCCUUCUCCUGCACCAAAGAGGAGCUUGAGGACAUUUGUAAGGCUCAUGGCACCGUGAAGGACCUCAGGCUGGUUACCAACAGGGCUGGCAAGCCGAAGGGCCUGGCCUAUGUGGAGUAUGAGAGCGAGUCCCAGGCAUCACAGGCAGUGAUGAAGAUGGAUGGCAUGACCAUCAAAGAGAAUGUCAUUAAAGUGGCAAUCAGCAACCCCCCUCAGCGGAAGGUUCCAGAGAAGCCAGAAGUGAGGGCAGCCCUGGGGGCCCCUUUCCUGCCUCGGCAGAUGUAUGGCGCGCGCGGGAAGGGAAGGACCCAGCUCUCUCUUCUUCCUCGGGCUCUGCAAUGCCACAGUGCUCCUCAGGCCGAGAAUGGCCCUGCUGUGGGGCCGGCUGUCACCACCUCCGCGGCCACCGAGGCUCCCAAGAUGUCCAAUGCUGAUUUUGCGAAGUUGCUUCUGAGAAAGUGAAGAGGGCUCCUGGAGAUGGGAAACGCCUUACUUACUCCUCCAUGCUGGCCGGGCAGGCCACUGCGGGCCCUGGAGACAGAAGGGCUGGGCACUCACCUGUCUCCCACAGAUUGUCCUCUGAUGUAGACAGGAAGGAAACGCCUCCAUUGAGCAUGGCGGUGAGGAGUGUUCCCUCAUAUUGAGGGUGGAGGCCGAUUGCUUUCAGGCCGUCCCAAGGUACUUCAGUGUCCUAACAAGCAGGGACUUGGCUUUUGGGGCCCAGUUGUCCUGAUACUUUCACCACCUCUGGCCCUUUUUCUACGAACCCCCCACCCCCACCCUCCCCAGCCCUGCACGGCACGUGCCCAUUGUUCCGGAAGAGAAACCGGAAGAUGCUUGUCACUCAUCAGAAUGGCCUAUUUAGUGAGUGCGGGUGGGGCAUCGCAGAGAACACAUUCGAUGGGCUUUUGUGCUAAGAGGCCGUGAGUUUUUCUAUUAUGUAUUUGUAAUUGACACCUCAACUGUUUUAUGUUCCCUAAAGCGAAUGUCUGUGACAUUUGUUUAUAUAGGAAUGUGUGUGCCACCCGCUGUGGACCAUUUUCUUUGCCCGCUGACUGGAGACCUAUGUCCUCUGUCCAAACCCUUGUGUCUAAAUGCCAUGUCGAGCGUAGUGAAUCCCCACUUAGCUUUGUUUAUUAAAGUUCUCUUACCGAA